AUGCCCCUUGCGCGCGCCGCCUACGAGGGCCCGUCGCACCCCGACGCAGGCCACAGCAUUCCCGACGUCUCUGACAACGGUACUCGAGUCACCAUUCUCCAUCCUGGCUAUGGCAAGAAGAACAACAUCCUUAUGAAGCUCCUUGCUCUGGACGAUCCCCAACAUGGCCUCGAAUAUCAUACUGCGCAUGUCGCGUGCGCCAUUGUGGCGAACAAUCGGUGGGACGGCUUCUUUGCGCGCGACCGGGAGGGCUGCGAGCGCGUGGAUCGCCCUGAAGACGGGAUACUGCGGGAGGCGGAAUACUUUUUUCACAUUCCGGGUUAUCCGGGCGGCUGUGCAGAGGAAGGCCAGUCUGGCCAGCUGGUUCAAGAGCCUCGCGAGCUGCUUCAGUCGAGCACCAUCGCCACCUUGCGGGUUCGCGAUUUCAAUUGUCGCGUCACCGGAUACAUCGAAGGAACUCAGUAUGCGCACCUAGUUCCCAAGGACGAGGAAGCCUGGUGGAACAGCAACGGCAUGGGGAACUACACUGAUGCCAUCCGAGGGAACGCCAAAGAAAUCAAUUCGCCGCAAAACGGUAUGCUCUUACGGGCCGAUAUCCACAAGCUGUUCGACGAUCGACGCUUUGUGAUUGCGCCCAAGGAGGGCAAAUGGCUCGCUCACGUCAUCCAAGGCGAAACGCCGGAACUCACACAGCUGUACCAUAACAUCACCUUACGCCCGCUGGCCGGUGUCUGUGUUGAAUACGUUUUUGCGCGCUUCGCUUGGGGCAUUUUCACUCUCAUCAACAAGUUCGUCAACCAAGGCACGACUCGCGCUUACGCCAUUCGCGUGAAUAAUUCCACAACGGUCAGGUCAAUGUCCCAGAAGGACUGGGAGACGCACAGGGACCUGAUCAAGCCUCCUAGAAGCCUUAGCCCUGGAAAGCGCUCGCUGAAGCGAAAUCAUGGUGAAAUCACUGAAUCCGAAUAUUCUGAGGACCAUCUCUCUGAGGACGAACUCUCUGAUGACCUUGAAGAUGAGAGACUUUCCGACGAGGAUCUCUCGGACGACUGCGAAGCCGACGAGCUGGGCACCCGUGGCCGACCGAGGAAGCGCAGUUUCGACUCCCGCAGCUUUGAAUCCCUCACCCACAUCUCCACAUCUUUGCAACAGACCAGCCAGGAGAUGCCAAUGACGCCGUCCCUCACGGAUACGGAGGGUGCACCAGCGCUUACAUCACUCCAUAUGGAUGCGAAGCUUUCAAACAUCGACGGUCCCGAUGAUGAUGCCGAGAUGGUGUCGCGCAAGAGGAGAAGGCUAGUGAUUGAACGAGAUGUGGGGUAA